UCUAUCGCACCUGGUGACCUAGCCACGUUUCACAACUCAUCCACACGUCUAAUCAUCAUCUGCCACGGAUUGUCACUGUGGCAUCAUCCAUUGUCCCCGAUUUUUGACACGCUCUGUUUGCGAUAUGUACGAAGAUCAGGAUGACAUAGCGAGCGUCCUCACCCAGCUGUUUGAGCAUUCUGGUAUCUUGAUAACCAAACUCGUUCCGGAGCUCUUCCAAUCCAUCCGGAAUACACCUCUUGAAACCAUAGACCCCACUAACGCGCUCAUCGAACGCGCUAUCGCUAUCAUCCACGCGUGGAAUGUACAUGAACAAGCAGAAUUCAUCACUGCACACCCAAGGAUCGGGGAGAUCAAACAGCUCUCUGCGUUAAGCGCCAAAGAGCAAAGUGGUGGCCUCUCUGCUACAGCAAGGUUGGAGACACCCCCAGAGGUGUUAAAACGGCUAGAACACCUUAACGUGUGUUAUGAGCAUGUGUACUUUGGACUGAGGUACAUCACGUUCGUGAACGGGAGAACUAGGGCUGCAAUUGCGAGGGAGAUGGAGGAUAAGCUACAACUUGGACAUCCUUUGGAGAGCUAUCCAGAUGGGCCUCCGCUGAACGAGCCUGUGGCAGAAAGCCUGAUCUGUGUCGCGAGGAACAGUGAGGGCUGGUUAAAUGAGCUGAAACGAGCGGUGGAUGAUGUAGGGAAGAUUGCUAAGAGUAGACAGAAGUCAUUGGGAUUGUGAUGACAUUGAGAUUGUAUCGACCGAACAGAUUGGAGUUCCGUAUGUACAUUCUGUCACUAGAUGUCCACGGAGACUAUAGCAAAUAUGAUCGCGGGUAGGUCAACGAGUGAAUAAACACGAACACGAAUCGAACAA